AUGGCGAGCGAAGAAGAGAAUAGAGAGUUCUACUUGAGAUACUAUGUUGGACAUAAGGGCAAAUUCGGCCACGAAUUCUUGGAGUUCGAGUUCAGGCCCGAUGGCAAGCUUCGAUAUGCUAACAACUCCAAUUACAAAAACGAUACCAUCAUUCGCAAGGAGGUUUACCUCACUCCCGCUGUUCUUCGCGAGUGUCGCCGUAUCAUUUCCGAUAGCGAGAUUAUGAAGGAAGACGAUAACAACUGGCCCGAGCCGGACCGGGUUGGACGUCAGGAGCUUGAGAUUGUCAUGGGGAAUGAACAUAUCUCCUUCACAACAUCUAAGAUUGGCUCUCUUGUCGACGUUCAAAGCAGUGCAGAUCCUGAAGGCCUUCGCAUCUUUUACUAUCUUGUUCAGGAUUUGAAGUGCUUUGUGUUCUCACUUAUUUCACUUCACUUCAAGAUCAAGCCUAUAUAG